GCCGGAGCCGCCGCGCCCGGAGGAUGCGACGCACCGCAGUGUUCUAAGAACGGAAACAUCUGGGCUAGAUGGAAUUUAGCAUCAAAAAAAAUCCUCUUUCUGUUCAGAAAGUUGUAAAGUGCAUUAAGAUGAAGCAGGCACCAGAAAUCCUUGGCAACACAAAUGGAAAGACUCAGAGCUGUGAAGUAAAUCGUGAGUGUUCGGUGUUCCUCAGCAAAGCCCAGCUUUCUAACAGUCUGCAGGAGGGCGUCAUGCAGAAGUUUAAUGGCCGCGAUGCACUUCCCUUUAUUCCAGCUGAGAAGUUAAAGGAUCUUACUUCCCGUGUAUUUAAUGGAGAACCUGGCACUCAUGAUGCCAAAUUGCGUUUUGAACCCCAGGAAAUGAAAGGAAUGGGGACACCACCUAGCACUACCCCUGUCAAAAAUGGAUCUCCAGAAAUUAAGUUGAAAAUCACCAAAACGUACAUGAACGGGAAACCUCUGUUUGAGUCUUCCAUCUGUGGUGACAGUGCUGCCGAUAUGUCCCAGUCUGGAGAAAAUGGACAAAAAUCAGAAAACAAGGCGAGGAGGAACAGAAAGAGGAGUGUAAAGUAUGACUCCUUAUUAGAGCAGGGCCUUGUUGAAGCAGCCCUAGUGUCUAAGAUCUCAAGUCCUUCUGAUAAAAAGAUUCCACUUAAGAAAGAUUCUUGCCCAAGUAUUGGCAGAGACAAAGACUGCCUAUUGAAAUACAACAUCGGCGAUUUGGUGUGGUCCAAAGUGUCAGGUUACCCUUGGUGGCCUUGCAUGGUUUCUGCAGAUCCACUCCUUCACAGCUACACCAAACUUAAAGGUCAGAAAAAGAGUGCACGUCAGUAUCAUGUACAGUUCUUUGGUGAUGCCCCAGAAAGAGCUUGGAUAUUUGAGAAGAGCCUUGUAGCUUUCGAAGGAGAAGGACAGUUUGAAAAAUUAUGCCAGGAAAGUGCCAAGCAGGCACCCACGAAAGCUGAGAAAAUUAAGCUCUUGAAACCUAUUUCAGGGAAACUGAGGGCCCAGUGGGAAAUGGGCAUUGUUCAAGCAGAAGAGGCUGCGAGCAUGUCGGUAGAGGAACGGAAGGCCAAGUUCACAUUUGUCUAUGUGGGGGACCAGCUUCAUCUCAACCCUCAAGUGGCGAAGGAGGCUGGCAUUGCUGUGGAGUUUUCAGGAGAAAUGGCAGGAGCUUCAGAAGUCAGUGAGGAAACUGCCGAAAACCCCAAGUUUGUGCGAGAAGAGGCCAUUCCUGUGAAGAGAAGGCGGAGAACCAAACUGUCUGGGUCUGCUGAAAAUCAGGAGAGUGAUCCUGGCACAGGAAGGAACUCUCCCCAAAAGAUGGCAGAGGCAGACCCCAAAAGAGGAGUAGGGUCUCCUCCUGGGAGGAAGAAGACCACGGCCUCCACUCCACGAAGCAGGAAGGGAGAUGCAGCAUCCCAGUUUUUGGUCUUCUGUCAAAAGCACAGGGAUGAGGUGGUUGCUGAGCACCCAGAUGCUUCAGGUGAAGAGAUUGAAGAAUUGCUUGGAUCCCAGUGGAAUAUGCUCAAUGAGAAACAGAAAGCACGCUAUAACACCAAGUUUGCCCCAGUGACCUCUGCCCCAUCUGAAGAAGAUUCCGGUAACUUAAAUGGGAAAAAAAGAAACCACACAAAGAGGACACAGAACCCUACAGAUGAUAUUGAAGUUGAGGAUGCGCCCAGGAAAAGACUCAGGACAGACAAGCACAGUCUUCGGAAGAGAGACACAAUCACUGACAAAACGACCAGGACAAGUUCUUACAAGGUCACAGAGGCAGCCUCCUCACUCAAGAGCCAGGCAGCAACGAAAAAUCUGUCUGAUGCAUGUAAACCACUGAAGAAGCGAAAUCGGGCUUCUGCGACAGCGUCUUCAGCUCUUGGGUUUAGCAAAAGUUCAUCUCCUUCUGCAUCCUUAACUGAGAAUGAGGUCUCGGACAGCCCAGGAGAUGAGCCUUCGGAGUCCCCAUAUGAAAGUGCAGAUGAAACACAGACUGAAGUGUCCAUCUCGUCUAAAAAGUCCGAGCGAGGAAUGACUGCCAAAAAGGAGUACGUGUGUCAGCUGUGUGAGAAGACAGGCAGCCUCCUACUGUGCGAAGGCCCCUGCUGUGGCGCUUUCCACCUCUCCUGCCUUGGGCUUUCCCGGAGACCAGAGGGGAGGUUCACCUGCAGCGAGUGCACCUCAGGGAUUCACUCGUGUUUUGUGUGUAAGGAGAGCAAGACAGACGUUAAGCGCUGUGUUGUGACUCAGUGUGGGAAGUUUUACCACGAGACCUGUGUAAGGAAAUUCCCUCUGACUGUGUUUGAGAGCCGAGGCUUCCGCUGCCCCCUGCACAGCUGUGUGAGCUGCCAUGCUUCAAACCCUGCAAACCCAAGGCCGUCAAAAGGUAAAAUGAUGCGCUGUGUGCGCUGCCCUGUUGCCUAUCACGGUGGAGAUGCCUGUCUGGCAGCAGGGUGCUCAGUCAUCGCUUCCAACAGCAUUGUCUGCACAGCCCACUUCACAGCUCGCAAGGGGAAGAGGCACCAUGCCCAUGUCAAUGUGAGCUGGUGCUUCGUGUGCUCUAAAGGGGGGAGCCUCCUGUGCUGUGAGUCCUGCCCAGCAGCCUUCCACCCUGACUGCCUGAACAUCGAGAUGCCUGACGGCAGCUGGUUCUGUAACGACUGCAGGGCUGGGAAGAGAUUGCACUUCCAAGAUAUCAUCUGGGUUAAACUUGGGAACUACAGAUGGUGGCCGGCAGAAGUUUGCCAUCCCAAAAAUGUUCCCCCAAAUAUUCAGAAAAUGAAGCACGAGAUUGGAGAAUUCCCUGUGUUUUUCUUUGGGUCUAAAGAUUAUUACUGGACGCAUCAGGCUCGAGUGUUCCCGUACAUGGAGGGGGACCGGGGCAGUCGCUACCAGGGGGUCAGAGGGAUCGGAAGAGUCUUCAAAAACGCGCUGCAAGAAGCUGAAGCUCGUUUUCGUGAAAUUAAACUUCAAAGGGAAGCCCGAGAAACACAGGAGAAUGAACGCAAGCCCCCACCCUACAAGCACAUCAAGGUGAAUAAGCCUUAUGGGAAAGUCCAAAUCUACACAGCUGAUAUUUCUGAAAUCCCAAAGUGCAACUGUAAGCCCACAGAUGAGAAUCCUUGUGGCUUUGAUUCAGAGUGUUUGAACAGGAUGCUGAUGUUCGAGUGCCACCCGCAAGUGUGUCCAGCAGGGGAGUACUGCCAGAACCAGUGCUUCACCAAGCGCCAGUACCCAGAGACCAAGAUCAUCAAGACUGACGGCAAAGGGUGGGGCCUGGUCGCCAAGAGGGACAUCAGAAAGGGAGAAUUUGUUAACGAGUAUGUUGGGGAGCUGAUUGAUGAGGAGGAGUGCAUGGCAAGAAUCAAGCACGCACACGAGAACGACAUCACCCACUUCUACAUGCUCACGAUAGACAAGGACCGCAUAAUUGAUGCUGGCCCCAAAGGAAACUAUUCUCGAUUUAUGAAUCACAGCUGCCAGCCCAACUGUGAAACCCUCAAGUGGACAGUAAACGGGGAUACUCGUGUGGGCCUGUUUGCUGUGUGUGACAUUCCUGCAGGUACAGCUCUCGGGGGACUCUACGAGGGGGCCCUCACCACAUGGACAAGUAGAGUGGCUGUUGCUUUGAGCUGUGUGUGACCAGAACAGAAAGGCUCUGGGGGUGCGGGAGGUGAUAUGGAAGUUACCUCCACAUCCCUUUCUUCAGAGGAAAAGGGGAAAAAGACCAAGAAGAAAACCAGGCGGCGCAGAGCGAGAGGGGAUGGGAAGAGGCAGUCCGAGGAUGAGUGCUUCCGCUGUGGUGAUGGCGGCCAGCUGGUGCUAUGUGACCGCAAGUUCUGCACCAAGGCCUACCACCUGUCCUGCCUGGGCCUAGGCAAGAGGCCCUUCGGCAAGUGGGAGUGUCCUUGGCAUCAUUGUGAUGUGUGUGGCAAGCCUUCAACUUCGUUCUGCCACUUUUGCCCCAAUUCAUUUUGUAAGGAACACCAAGACGGGACAGCCUUCAGUUCAACCAAGGACGGGCAAUCCUACUGCUGCGAGCAUGACUUGGGGCCAGAGGCCAUCAGAAGUGCCAAGACUGAGAACCCUUUUCCAGAACCAGUGAAGUUGAAGGGGAAGAGGAAGAAAAGGAGGUGUUGGAGGAGGGUCACAGAAGGCAAAUAGCACCAGGUGGCAGCUUGGCCAGAUCUAGGGCGGUGUGAGGUGGCCAGCCCUGCCUGUGGGGAGAGGGCAAGCAUGGGAGUGGCCCAGGGUCCAGGACAGAUGCACAGGCCUCCUUGGGAGGGUGCGCCUGCCUGCACUGAGCCCUCCUCCGCAGCGUCUGCUGCGCUUGCACUGACGACUGCCGAGCCGCCGUGGCCAGGACAGACACGCCUUCCUCACAAGCGCCACACUAACACUUGAAUUUCUGAGAAUGGCGAGGUUUCCUCCCGCUGUUUUAGGUUAAAGUUACGAUUGAAAGUUAAUUGGCGUAUGAAAUGUUUCUCUCAUCUGAAGUGUAUAGAAUAGUAUUUUUUCUAAAGGGCACUAUUAACUCUGACCUUGAUCUCGCUCUGCUUCUGCCUACAGCCGUCAUCACUCAGGUGAGACCAGGGGGGGCCUCUGCAUGGACUCGGACCCUGGAUUCCUUGGAAACCAUGAUUUUGAUUAUUUUGCUCUUUUGAAACAGCUAUAUAUUUUUUUUUUGUACUAAUGUGAAUUUUUCCUCAAUGCUUCUUUUCCAUCCUAGUGAGAAGCUGGCGGUGCAGAUGAUGAUAGUGAUAGUGUUGUAAGAUUUCCUCCCAUAGCUUUUCCUCGUCAUGGAUUUGACCUAAACGCCAGUAACUUGUCCACCAUCAAAACACAGGUCUUGGGGAGCCCUCUUCCCAACCUAGCCAGGUUGGGGCACCUCCCACCUGGGACUAUCUUCUGAACUUUCAUCAUUUGUGGGAAAACUUUGUAUUAUUUUUUUACUUGGCUUUUCUUUACAGUUUCUGGCUUUUAUUCUCAAUAUAUUUUUUGCUAAACCCAUUCCACAAAUCACCACUGACUGAAACGUGUAUUUACUGAUGCGACCUAAGUCCCACGGCAGAAGGAAUUACCUCGGUGAGGGUGUGACACUGCGUCUGCCUGGAGUACAGGGACUGACAACUUAGGGAGCUCUGGAGGGCGCUGCAGGCACCACCCCCAUGUGGGACCAGGACCAAGGAGACCCAGAGCUUUGUGCUGGUACCAUCUGCAUGCUUUCCCCUCAGCAGUCCAGGUCUGUUACUAGAAACACAGGUUGUGCUGCUGGCUCCGAGGUGCUCUGCACCAGGCAGGCUCAACACCUCCUCUCUGUGCAAGUCCAUAUCUUUUAGUUACUCAAAGGCCCAGCCCCACAGUGAGAAAUGUCCAAUUACUAGAGUCUCUAGACAGAAUCUUAAAGACUUAAUUCUUUUUUUCCUGGGGAUUCCUCUUGACCCCAGGCUUGUGUGGAGCAGACUGGGAAAGGGAGAGGUGCAUAUGCCCCAAGGGGCAGUGAUCUCCCAAAGGGGAUGAAGGACACUUUGCGGCAGCUGCAUUUUCUGACUUUUUCUUAGAAUACCCCAAGGAGAAAAUCCAUUUUGCAGGAAAGUUUACAAAACUCUUGAAAACUGCUACUGAGGUCUCCUGUUCUUUCAUGUUGUCUUUUUUGCUCUGUCCAAGUGCAGUUAGUUUGUCUUUGGACCUAAGACUGACCACUUGGUGGGUCUGUGACCAGCACACUUAGGCUUCAGGUGUGAGGACCCACAGUCCUGCCCUCCCUAAGCACUGGUCCUCCUGACCAGUGGCUGCUACCACAGUCCCAGACAAAAAGGGACUAAAGGAAAACGAGCUCUGCAGUUGGCCGGCUCCUCUGUGUGCCAGUUGCUCCCUCUACAGACGCAGCCGCCAUGGCCACCAGAAGGACAGGCAGUGGGGAGAGCUUUCAGUUCAGACUCUAGCCUCUCAGAUGGUCCCCAGAAAAUCCUGGACUGGUUCAUAGGGUUAUGCUCCUUGUGCCCUGAACUUAGAGGCUGCUGUAGUGACAGGUCUUUGGAGCCAAGGCCCCAGGGGCCCUCUGAUACCUGUAGGCAAAUGCUGUCACCCGUCCAAGAGAUCCUUUUCUACCAGUAGAGGGUUUCUUCGUAAGUCAAAACAUCAGAAUUGGUUUUGCAGUGCACUUUGGGGGAGAAGAUUAACUUAUUUUUGUGUUUGCCAGUAGUAAAAUCUUAGGAUGUUUUGAGUUAUGUUGAUAUUACUUCCAAAUUAUUUUAUGACCUUUCUGAAGGAAAUACUGCAAACAUUUUAAAUAUGGUUCCUUCCCCUUUCCAAAAAACUGUUAAACUAAUGAGCAAAUAACACUAACUUUGGAAGUCUUUAGAAUAUCAGUUUUAAACCAGAGUAAAACAAAGCUUUGGUGCCAAGCUUGAAGGGCCUUUUCCCAUUGGAGCUCACCAACACCUAGCUGUGACCAUGGAUACAUGGCUGGUGCUCUGACCUGCCUGCUUUGUUCAAAGAGCCUGGGAGAAGUUUCUUUUUAAAGACUUGGUGACUUUCUGAACAUCAGCUUUGAUCCUUUGUCAUUAAUGUGAAGCAAACCACAGAAUGAAAACUGGCCAAACACCUCAAGAAUCUCUGACGUCAGAAACCGAGCAGGAUCUGCAGACCCAGACCUCCGGCAACAGCUGCACGCGUGAGCAGAGACAGGAGCACCCACACUGCACAUGCGGCCACAGGGAUACACUCCAUGAGCAGGUUUAAAACAUGGUCACUUGUGGGGAAAUGUGGCCCCUGAAGUGGGAGAACCCGGUUUUGUCCUGUCUCUGAGAGGCUGAGUGCCCCUGGUGCCCACUCAGGUCCUCUGCUGCUGACACCUCCCAAGUAUUGAGCUUGACACAUGAACCAUAAUGUGUACAGUGCCCACUUUCUAUAACAACAACCUUGUUUUUAAGAAUUAAAGGCAAACCUGUUUCAAUCAGUUAACAAGAUGGUCAGUUCCAAUUACACUGACCAUCUUGUUGGGCAGCUGAUGACUAUCAGUGAAAUGCCUGCCCACGAGGUGCUGCACGUCACUGUGCCCUACUGAGAUGUGAUGUGCCCACCCAGAAGUUAAACAUAAAUUUAAAUGUGCCUCUUGGUGUCUAAACUUCAUACAGUGUAAGGUCAGAGUCCUUUUAAGAAUACCAGGUGCCGUCACCAGUUCUGAUAGUUAGACUUAAAAACUUGAACUUCACUUUUGGGGGUGGGGGGGAAGUAUACUGAAAUAUAGAUUUGAGAUUUGCCAGCUGGGGAAAAAUAGCAUUUAAAGUGGAAAGUUGUGUUUGGAAAAUUGUGUAUGAGUAUUUUUGUAUUAAAGAAUUUUUAAAGGCUUUUUUUCUUAACUUA